AUGGUAACUAGAAUUUGUUGUCAUAUAAAAGUUUCGACAGGUUAUGAAGUCUAGUACCAGUGCUACACAUUAUCGGAGUUAGGUAAAUAUAGGUAAGUUACUGUAGGGUAAAAUUAUAAUCUUAGUGUUUUUACAGUAAAAUUUAUUUUCAAAUCAGUUGUUUGCACUGUUUAAAAUAAAACCUGUAUAAGCCUUAUAAUAAUGACCCUUGUGUUGAGACCCAGUGUUUGAAAUGCCCAGUGUUAUUUGAAACAAAAUGUGGUUCUUAUUAAUUAGUAAGAACCACAAUCGGCACACACUUUGAAAGUGAUUUUUGACAUGUAUUGGCUUUCUCUGCCAUUGCGAGUGUGUUUUUCCACGAAUUGUUUCGAAGUUUGAUACUGCAUGUACCUGCCUGCCAAAUCAGGUUGCUUAAUUUGUGCACUUUUUGUUUUCUUAAUAUUAAAACGUGUUUGUUUUAUUUGUGUUCUUUGUAGAUCUUCUGAUUGUGCAUUUUUAAACGUCUGGUGGCGAAUGAAACGCAAAGAAAAUUCUUGCUUUUUCAAUUUACGGUUCUUUUUGUAAGUUGCUGAACCAGCUACAACGAUGGGCAGUGGUUGUGGGAAAUCUAUGGUCCUUCCCGAUGGCUACACGAUUUCAGUCAAGACUGGUGAUCAUCAGGGAUCUGGGAUAGAUGCAGACGUUUACAUGACCCUCGGCAAAUUCAACGGCGAUCGAUCUAAAGAGGUUCAACUUGCUUGUCGAUGGAACGAUGAUUUUGAAAAAGGCAGUGAGGAUCAUUAUAAUAUACAGAAUCCUGGAAUUAAAGAGGAAAUCAGUCUUGUUAUGAUCCGACUUGAUGAAGGCCCUCUUGUACAACGAUGGUUCGUUGAGACAAUCAAAAUCAAAUACCAAGACUUGCCUGAAGAUAGGAGCAGCAUCUUCCCAAUACAUAGAUGGAUUAAAGAUGGAGAGAAAUUAAUGGUAGUUAAGAAUGACUCCACCUUGCCGCAAGAGGAUCCUCACAAGAAACAAAGGCUGGACGAACUGGCUAGGAAGAAGGAUAUCUACCAACUAGAGAAGAAGUUUGAUGGGCAGCUGGCAAUACCACAGAUUAAAAAGCUGCCAGCUGAGGAGGAAUUUUCUAACAGCUACAAGUUUGACGUGAUCAUAAAGCGAGGUGCCAUCUACGCACUGGAAUCCAUUGCUAUCCACUUGACAACCGACCGUUGGACAUCCCUUGAUGACAUCAUCAAUGUCUACAAUGAAACACUGCCAAUACCUUACGGUGUUCAAAAUUGGAGAAGUGACCAAAGAUUUUCAGCUCAGAGACUAAUGGGAUGCAACCCUGCUCAAAUACGUCUCUGCACGGAGAUACCGUCAAACUUUUCUGUAACAGAUGAAAUGGUGAAAGGGAUCAUCGAAGAUCUGACAAUAGAUCAAGCAAUAGAACAAAAGAGACUGUUCAUUGUUAACUACAGUAUUCUGAAAGAUCUCCAAACAACAGACAAUAGACUGGUCUGUGCACCAAUGGCACUCUUCUUCGUUGACAAAACAAAAACACUCAUGCCAGUUGCAAUUCAGCUUCAUCAGGACCCAGCCAAUAAUAAUCCUGUAUUUCUACCUACGGAUCCUGAAUACACAUGGAUUCUGGCCAAGAUGUGGUUUAACAAUGCGGAUGGGGCAUACCACGAAACCGUUUCUCAUCUUGGGUUUACUCAUCUCUUGGUAGAAUCCAUUGCAGUUGCUGCUAACCGAUGUAUUUCACCUUCACAUCCAAUCUUCAAACUCCUGGCUCCACAUUUCCUUUACGUAAUGGCUAUAAAUAGUCUGGCUCUUGUAACUCUGAUCAACCCUGGUGGAGUAGUGGACGAGAUUAUAAACAUCGGUUAUAAAGGAUUUUUGGAUCUAAUCGGGAAAGUGUUUCCAACAUGGCGUCUCAACGUAGAGGGGUCCCUUCCUGCUGAUCUGCGCAAUCGCGGUGUGAAUGACCCGGAUGUAUUGCCAAAUUAUUACUACAGAGAUGACGCCAUUUUGCUGUAUGAGGCCAUCAAGGAAUACGUGGAGUAUGUGGUCAGCAAGCGAUAUUAUUCAGCUGAGCUGUUAGCUGGUGACAAUGAGAUCCAGGAGUUUGCAGAAACUCUAGUGAGAUCGACGGAUGAUGGAGGAUGUGGUAUACAGGGUGUGACUGGAGAUGGCCAGUUUAAAACAAACGAGGAACUCAUCGAUGUGUUGACUUCGAUAAUUUUCACGUCAAGUGUAACGCACGCAGCGGUUAACUUCAACCAGUACGACGAGUAUGGCUUCCCACCAAAUGCUCCACUGUGGCUAAAUGGAGCGCCACCAAGCGACAAGACUCCAUUGACCGAGCAAGACAUUCUAGAAAGUUUACCGAACAAAAAGCGCACCUUAGACAUCAUGUCCUUCACACUGCUCCUUAGUGACAGAGCAACUCAGCGUCUUGGGAACUUUGAGAAGUUGUACCAGACGGAUCCUGUGGGAAAGGAAGCAGUAGAAAGAUUCCGAGAUAAAUUGUAUGCUACCGGAGAUACCAUCCGAUCACGUGACGAAAAGAGAGACAUCCACUAUCCGUGUCUGGAUCCCCGAGAGGUUCCCAACGCUAUUAGCAUCUAGAGCACAAGGUCUAUGCAUAUGACGUAAUUUGAGAAGGGCGCCCUCACCUAGAGGCUAAAAGGACGUUGUUCAUUGGCCAGUCCAGUGCGCCGCGCGUACAAAUUUGUGCGUUUGCCAAAUUGAUCUCUGAGAGAUCAAUACUUUACCAUUGUUUCGGUUUACCUCCAAGAUGGCGACUGAAUGACGGCAAUGUAUAAGGUCCAUUCUCGGAACCUUAACCGUGUGCAGCCACUGUGUGCCAAUACUGGUGCCAAACCCAUUUUCUCAAAUUGGCGUCAGUGAUAAAUAGCUUCAGUUUCUGUCUGAAAUUAGUGUUUUAAAACACUGGGAAUAACUGUCUAGUGUCAGGAAAUGACAAAUUAAAUGACCUGUUUUGUAUAUAAACUAUCUAUUAUCUAUGACGAUUCUUAAUUGAUGACAUUAUUAUGUCAUUUGAAUAGAUUGAAGCAGACUGGCAAAUUCAGAUACUAUACAUCUUUAAUUUGUUAACCACUAAAAACUGUGCCUCAUGAAUGCGUGAACUCACAACUGUUUAUGUAAAGCAAAGGCUUGAAGGUCGUGGAUUUUAUGAAUUUUUGAAGACAAAAAAAAAUGGUUCAAAAUACCCUUGGGUUGUUGACUUUAAAUCAGGAGCAUUUUAAAUCCACUAAAAAUGACAACGGUUUUCGGUCCCGCUUUUCAAGAUGGAGUCUUGCCAUUUUACUUAACUACUUGUUCAGAGGAUUUUGGAUAACGUAGCUCAUAAAAACUGAUGGACAAAAUUGAUUUGAUACAUUUGGUUUAAAGACAGUGGACACUAUUGGUAAUUGUCAAAGACCAGUCUUCUCACUAGGUGUAUCUCAACAUAUG